UCCUACAAGCAUCUCCAAAAUCCUUAUGGCUGGACUCUACUGCAUGGUUUGCGUGUUUGGACUUGCUGGAAACUCAUUGGUUAUCGCCAUCAUUCUCCACUUGGACAAGAUGAAAACUGUGGCUAACAUUUAUAUCUUCAACCUGGCUGUGGCCGACGGCUUGUUAAUGCUGGGGCUUCCCUUCCUGGCUCUACAGAUGUUCCUCAACCGCUGGAUAUUCGGCAGUUUCAUGUGCAAACUGGUCAUGAUCCUGGAUGGUAUCAACCAGUUCACAAGUGUGUUCUGCUUGACUGUCAUGAGUGUUGAUAGGUACUUGGCCGUGGUCCAUCCCAUCAGAUUCUCCAAAUGGCGCUCUCCAAACGUGGCCAAGAUAGUCAGCAUCCUCCUGUGGUUCUUCUCCUUUCUGUCGGUGAUUCCCAUGGGCAUCUAUUCCAGAGUGGAGUUCAGUCUGUGCGUUUUUGCUCCACCCUACGAGACCUGGUCUACUGCCUUUAUGAUCUACACCUUUGUGCUUGGAUUUGCCCUGCCCUUCAUUGUAAUCUCUCUGUGCUACAUGUUACUGGUGGUCAGAUUGAGGACUGCCCACAUAAACCCUUACACCAGGAAGGCAGAAGUCUCAGAGAAAAGGGUCACCAAGAUGGUGGUCAUGGUAGUGUUGGUUUUUGCCAUUUGUUGGCUGCCAUUUUACAUCAUGAAUUUCUGUUUUCUCCUGAUGCCACUGGCUACCACUCUGUCCCUUACCAGGGUCUUUGAAUUCGUGGUUCUUCUCUCUUACUCAAACAGCUGCGCCAACCCCAUAUUGUACGCAUGCCUCUCAACAAACUUCAGGAGGAGCGCCCAGAAGAUUCUGUGUCCCAUGAAGAGGAGUGUCCGGGAGGAAUCCAGUUUGGAAAACUACCAGCUCAAUGACCUGCCUGAAUCUCGAGUGACCUUAUCCAGCAGGGAAUAAGAGAAAGAGACCUUAGACAUCGA